AUGAAGGUGAAUUCCGCCUCUGGAUAUUUCCACAUUCAUACCAAGGAAGUACUUGACAUCAUCAAGUAUUUUGAGUUCAUACUCGCUGUUCAGGGUGUCAAUUACCCAUUGAGCAUCUUCAGGGCGCUCAGCGACUAUCAUGAAGUCGUCAACAUGAGAAGUCAAAUACACAUUCCUCCUCUCACGAUGAAUGAAGAGGCCGUGGUCAUAUUGGGAGCGGUCAAAGCCGACAUGCUUCAAAUAGGCAGACAGAGUGUCAUACCAUAUCCUCGCUGCAGGGGUAAGCCCAUAAAGAGAGUGUUUGAGCUUGCAAACUAG